AUGCGGCAGCUCAUGGAAGCACGUGUGGACCCGCGGUUCCGAGAGGUCUAUCAGACACUUGGCCCGUUUUUUGCAGAUGCCGGGUUUGAUAGGUCCAAGAAAGUUGAAUGGAUUGGCAACCUGCCAGAUCUCUCAACCCCACCACCGCGCCAGGAGCUCAUCCGAUCGGUGCACAUGUUCUCUCAGGAGCUGAUUAUUGUGGUGAACUUUGGGAUGACAAGUUCCACAAAGCUCACGCCCGAGCGCUUCCCACAGCUCUUGCUGUUGCAUGCGCGGCCGAUGGAUGUCCAGCUCAAACGCAGCUUCAACUUCAACAAGCUGCGUGCCUUCCUUUUCUCCCGAGCUCUGGCGGGGGUGGGUUUGGAUUCAGACCAGUGGGUGGCCCCGGGCGUGGACCGCUUGUUCGACAUGACCGAGCGGGAGAUUCACGAGAAGUAUCCCUUCCCCAUCAUGCCGGUGCACUUCCUGGAUCGUGGACCUAAGGACUUGGGCGUUUGGUGGAGCCGGUACUGCCCGAAUGAUGUUUGUAGUCUCCAAACCAUGCGCUGGGGCCAUGCUCACCCGACAUGGACCUAUUGGGCGUUGCCCUUCCUCGGCCGCUGGCUGCGGCGGAACUUCCGCGACGAGACCCUGCCAGCCACGGGGAAGGCGAUCGCAUUGAGAGUGGUUGAGAUCCCUGAGGAUGAGGACUUGUUGAAUGUGGGUCUAUGGGAAGAAAAGGCCCACAAGCAGUGGUGCAAGUUUGACAUCACCGACCCCUUGGAGUUUCAGUUUCUGUUCGAUUGGAAGACGAAGUACGGCAACAGGCAGGGAUCCAUCCUGAGGUCAAGCAUGUUCGCUCUAGGGAAAGUGGCCAGCAUCAUGAAGAAAUGGAAAGAAGGCACAUGGCCGAGCUCCACCAUCGUCUUCUGGAGAUUGCUGAGAAGCUUUCAUGUGUUCGAGUUUCAUGAAGAAACCUUGGUUGGAGGUCAUUGGGGGUAG